AUGGAUGAGGAGCCAUCCAAAAAGGAAGAGGCCGCGCCCAGGACCGGGACGACGAAGCGGCAACCGCCUGCUGCCGACGACGAUGGGGGCAGUCCUUCUCAAGAGGCUCCCACUACCAAGCGAGCGCGUGGAAGGCCCGCCAAGGACCCGCCGUCACCUAAAACGAGAGCCCGGACCGAGAAGCCGGCAACGCCCACCACGGAUGAGGAGCCAACCAGGAAAGAAACGGCCACAUUCAAGACCAGGACCAGGACGACGAAGCCCCAAUCACCUGCUGCCGUCGAUGCCGGCAGUCCUUCCCAAGAGGCUCCCACUACCAAGCGAGUGCGUGGGAGGUCCGCCAAGGACCUGUCUUCACCUAAAACGAGAACCCGGACAGAGGAGCCAGCAACGCCCUCCAGGGAUGAGGAGCCUACCAGGAAAGAAGCUGCCACAUCCAAGACCAGGACCAGGACGACGAAGCCACAAUCACCUGCUGCCGUCGAUGCCGGCAGUCCUUCCCAAGAGCUCCCACUACCAAGCGAGCGCGUGGGAGGUCCGCCAAGGACCCGUCGUCACCUAAAAGGAGAACCCGGACAGAGAAGCUGGCAACACCCACCAGAGAUGAGGAGCCAACCAGGAAAGAAGCGGCCACAUCCAAGACCAGGACCAGGACGACGAAGCCCCAAUCACCUGCUGCCGUCGAUGCUGGCAGUCCUUCCCAAGAGGCUCCCACUACCAACAGAGCACGUGGAAAGCCCGCCAAGGACCCGCCGUCAUCUAAAACAAGAGCCCGGUCAGCGAAGCCGGCAAUGCCGAAGCUCAUCGCCACCACGGCUACCGGAAAUGCGAGAAAGGCCGCUGAGGCACCGACACCCGACGCCGAUGCGAAUGUCGCGUCCACCAGCGCGGCACCCAAGCCCCAGAGGGUGA